UCCUGUUGAGGUCACUGUUUUAUGUUUGAUUGAUAUUCUGGAGUUGGAAACGAAUACGAGCCUCAAAAUGACCCACAAUGGUUCCGAGGAAAGUGUUCAGAAACAUUAAACUUUUCUCUUUAAUGUCAUAAGUGAGUGGAAGGCGACAGAAACAUGCAACUUUAAAACUCCAGUCUCCCCUGGAAGCUGAUUGGCUAAGCGUCCGCUCCGCGUCUCUCAAUAGCAACUCUGCAGGCGCAGCUGCGAUAUGACUAAGAGAAGCCCAUCUCUUCAGCUGGUCAAAAGGAUGCUGAACCACCACUGCAGAGGGAACCCAGAGCUCCACGAGGAGCUCCAGAUCCAGGCUGCGGUGGCGGCGGGAGACGUCUGCACGGUCAGGAAGAUGCUGGAGCGAGGAUACUCCCCCAAGAUCCGCGACGCCAACGGCUGGACGCUGCUCCACUUCUCUGCUGCCAAAGGAAAAGAGCGGUGUGUCCGGGUGUUUCUGGAGCACGGAGCUGAUCCGACAGUGAAGGACUUCAUCGGCGGCUUCACGGCGCUUCACUACGCUGCUAUGCACGGCAGGGCGCGCAUCGCCCGACUCAUGCUGGAGUCAGAGUUUCGUGGGGACAUUAUAAAUGCAAAAAGCAACGACGGGUGGACACCUCUUCACGUGGCCGCGCACUACGGCCGCGACUCGUUCGUACGGCUCCUCCUGGAAUUCAAGGCUGAAGUGGAUCCGCUGAGCGACAAAGGGACCACCCCGCUCCAGCUGGCCAUCAUCCGGGAGCGCUCCAGCUGCGUGCGGAUCCUGCUGGACCACAGUGCCAACAUUGACAUUCAGAACGGUUUCCUCCUGCGGUACGCCGUCAUCAAGGGCAACCACUCGUACUGCCGUAUGUUCCUGCAGAGGGGAGCGGACACCAACCUGGGUCGCCUGGAGGACGGCCAGACCCCCCUGCAUCUGUCGGCCCUCAGGGACGACGUGUUGUGUGCCCAGCUGCUCUUCACGUACGGAGCUAACGCCAACACCAGGAACUAUGAAGGACAGACGCCAGUAGCUGUGUCUGUUAGCAUGUCUGGAAUCAGCCGGCCCUGUCUGGAUUUCCUGCAGGAGGUCACCAGACAACCUCGGACUCUACAAGACAUGUGUCGAAUAAAAAUCCGUCAUUGCAUCGGCCUUCAGAGCUUGAAAUUCCUGGAGGAUCUUCCAAUUGCAAAGGUUAUGAAAGACUAUUUGAAACAUAAGUUUGACAGUUUGUGAAGGAGAAGCCAAGGAGCCGAGGCUCGCUGAAACUCAGACUAUGCAAUCAUGUGCUCUUUGCUGGUGUGUUCUCGACAUGGUGAAGGCAUUUUAGUCCACAACCUGCAGCCCAUGGUUUGUUUUUGUCCUGUUUUGUAUCUUUGACCGACCCGUUUUCUCCAUUAAGCUGAAUUUAAACACUUUGUAGAAACAGAUCUUUCGGGGGAAACGAGAAAGAUCAUUUGGCUGUAAUUUGAUGUUAUCCUUCUCACAUUUGCCAAUGUAGUUAUGUUUUUAAUUCCUAUAACUGUGGAUGGGUGGUUGACUGUGGUCAGAUCCAUCAAUGAACACAUGUACAAGCACACGUAGACCCAGAGCAAGUGAGGAACCAAGGAAACUCCUCACGACAGAGACCGUGGAGUCACGUUUUCAGUUUUCCUGAAGCUGCUGCGUCGUUUACAGCCUUUAUCCGUGGCAGAGCCUGGAGUCGUCACGGCGGGGGGGCGGCAGACGGACCUGCUCCUCACACAUCUCUGCUGGGAUCUCAGUUCCCACCAAACAUUCAGGUCUGAGCUGCUCCUUCUGCCGAUGUUUCAUUGAACUACUGACCACUGAGCUUGUAUGUUUCUGUUUUGUGUUAUCGAGAAAAGGCUCACUUUUCUCUGUAGACUGCCUGUUUUUCUUUCUCUUUUCUGUCAUCAAACUUGGCUAUUGUUUGUCUACACAGCUUCAGUGAACACUGAACAAGGCUGGUCUCCAACAAGGCUGAUCUAACCUGCAUGAAAAAUAAAAGGUCUGAG